GCUCUCUCAAGAAGUGCUUGAGAAACGAGGUCGACAACGAAGAAGCCAUGUGGUAUUUGUGUGUAUUCUAUCACAGAUUAUUGGAUUACAGAAAACCCGAAGUGGAAUCACUUGCAGAGCUUUUUGGAGCUUUUAGGGAGAACCAAAAUGGCUAUGGGUUCUGCGGCCAAAACAAAUCUUUGCAGUGGAGACUUCCUCUACACCACCACCAAGAUUCUCCUUUCCAUUUCGUCGAUCUUCCAUCAGAAGACGUUGCUCGAAACAUUGCCAACCGAAGUAUACUUGUGAAGGGAAUGUAUGAGCUGUGGGGAGAAGGAGAUAAUUAUGAGGAAUUGAAGGAUUCCAUCUUGAAAUACCCGGAUGACCGGAAGUUGCCGUACUUAGAUUCUAACAGCACUUUCAAGAUUACCGUUGAUAGCUUUGGGAAAGUCAUUAGCCUCCAGCAGCAAAAGGAGCUUAUUCAAGGGCUUUCAUAUAUUCCUUUCAAGGGACAAGUGAAGUUAAAAAAUCCUGAUCACAACUUCUGGCUAAUGGAAACUGACGAUUAUGGAUCUAAUAAUGGCCUCCCUCCAAUUAUCCAAAAGCGAAUCUUCUUUGGUCGUGAAAUUGGUGGUGCUGAUAGGAAGCUUAUACCUACAUAUCAGUUGAAAAGCCGCACUUAUCUUGGGCCAACAGCCAUGGAUGCUGAAAUGGCUUUUCUAAUGGCCAACCAGGCACUAGCUACACCGGGGAAACUGAUAUAUGAUCCUUUUGUUGGAACUGGAAGCAUUCUUGUCGCUGCAGCCCAUUUUGGAGCAAUGACCAUGGGUGCAGACAUUGACAUUAGGGUAGUACGUGAUGGCCGUGGACCUGACUGUAAUGUUUGGAGUAAUUUUAAACAGUACGGAUUGCCUAUGCCAAUAGGUCUAUUAAGGGCCGACAAUAACCUUCCUUCCUGGCGUCCAGGGCUAAAAGAGGUAUUUGAUGCCAUAAUAUGUGACCCUCCUUAUGGAGUUCGAGCUGGGGGUCGCAAAUCUGGUGGCCGGAAACUGCUCAAGGGGGUGGUGGAACCUUACAUUGUUCCUGAUGACAAAAGGACAGACCACAUACCGUCUACCGCAUCCUACAGUUUAGUUGAAUGCGUGCAUGAUUUGCUUGAUCUUGCUGCCCGGAUGCUUGUUCCUGGGGGCAGGCUUGUGUUCUUCUAUCCUGUGCUAAGGGAAGACGAUUCUGCGGAAACCCAUUUCCCUGAGCACCCAUGUUUCAGACUGAUUUCUUCUUCCGAGCAGAUUCUUAGUUCCCGAUACAGCCGAGUUUUGUUGACCAUGGUGAAGACAGGUCCUUACACACAGGAAAUUGCUGAGGCAGCCAGGAUCAAACAUAUUGAGUUUAGGGAGAACCACCUAAAGUGGUUAGAAGAUGGUAACCUUCACUCUGCAGUUUUCAGUCCUGCUGAUGCUCAGUUAACACCCACUGGUGGUUCCAAACUCAGUAGAGAUCCAAAACCUAAAUACAGGGGAAAAUAUGUUUAGAUUUGAUACAGUAUUUUCCAACAAUUAGGGUAGAUUGUAGCCAAUAUGCCCACAUUUCCUUUUUCUUUUUUAGUUCAGUUUUCGUUAUUGUAUUAUGACAUUCUACCUCACUUCAUAGCCGUCUCUUUU